AUGUUGCAACUUUUUUUUCGCUGCAAAGUUAAUUCAGACCAAAUUAACAUUUUAUCCCAAAUUCGAAAAUCAUAUCCGCUCAGCAUUCCCGUUUUCCAUAACCCUAAUUUCCACCCCAAUUUCUCUCUUCUCUCUUCUUCCUCUCCCCUUCUCUCAAUUCCCCCCAAAUCCUACGCUUCUGAUGAAUUCCCGGUCGACGAGACCUUCCUCGAGCAAUUCUUCCCGAAAGACACCGAAACCGAGGAAGAAGCCCCAAAGCUGAACUGGGUCGAACGAGGUUGGGCGCCAUGGGAGGAGAUUCUCUCUCCUGGGGCGGAUUUCGCCAGAAAAUCGCUCAAUGAGGGGGAGGAAGUAGCAUUGAAGAACCCGGACACGAUUGAGGCAUUCAAGAUGCUGAAACGCAGUUACAGGAAGAAGAAGAUGAAGGAGAUGGGGUUGACUGAGGAUGUGUAUAAAGAAACGAAUUCUCACCCACAGGAAAUAAUUGAGUUCCCAUCCGUGGUUGUGAACAGUAGAACUGGCCAAUUGGAGGACUGUUUUCAGAUGUAUGUGCGACCUACACAUCAUAAUCUACUGUCUGACUUCUGCAAAUCACUUACAGGUGGAGUUCAACAUAAUAAUUUUCAAGGAGGAGGAGAUAGAAGAAACAGAACAGCUUUAAGAGACAUUGGAAAUGUAGUAACUUCAAGAGUGGGAUUAAUUGUUGAUGUGGAUGAUUAGAGCACGGGGUUUAUAAUCUGUCGCGACUAAAAGAAUCAGCAGCCAACAGAUUCAAGUCUUUUCACAUCCCUGUUGAUUGGAUGCUUGACACCGGAUUCGUCAGUCAGGUCUACACUCCGAGGAUUGCGCCUUAUGCGAGGAAUUUGAUGUGGUUCGUGAGCAAUGGGCUAAGUUUUUUACCAGCAAGUAUUUAUUAUUGGCUUUAGCGCGCUUGAUCGAGUUGGUUUAGUUGUUAUAGAAUAAAUUUUAUAUUAAAAUGUAUGUUUAUGUUGAAAUUGGAACAUAUAUUUAAAUGUAAUAUGUGCACUUUGGUUUUGGGAUAUAUAUUAUACAAAA